AUGGACAAGAAAAGGAUAUUUACUGUACGCACGGAUCAUGCUGCACUAAAAUGGCUGUUACAAUUCAAGAGCCCGGAGGGACAAAUAGCAAGAUGGCUUGAAGUGUUGUCUGGUUAUGAAUUCACUGUAGUACAUAGACCAGGACGAUUACACAAUAAUGCCGAUGCAUUGUCAAGAAUACCAUGUAAGCAAUGUGGGCAUAAGCAAGGCAAAGACAGCGCUCUUUGCACAGCUGGAGAGUACAUGGCCAGUGCUUUACCCACCAUGAGGGAUAUGGGACUGAAGAUAAGAUUGACAGGGUUUCAGCCAAACGUGAACCAAAAUAAAAUACAGAUUGCUCAGGAACAGGAUCCAGAUAUAGGACCAGUUAAAGGAGCAAAGGACUUACAAAGUAAACUAAGUUGGGAAGAGGUGUCCAGAUGA